AUGCCUCGAUUCUUGCAAGAAUUACAAUUAAUCUUGCCAUGCACGAUUGCCGACACGUUCGCCGAAGUCCUCAACUGGCUAAUAACGCCAUUCAUUUUGUUUAGCUGGUCUUUCAUUAUUAUCAUGGCUCUUUUUCUUUCCAACCCAAUCAGCUGUCCGGAUAAAUGGGAGUACAUCGAUCCGCGAAUGUGCUUCAUCAUCGAGAAAAAUGCCAAUAUGACGCGCAAGUUGUUGGAUGAAUCCGUUGCGGACAAAUCGUUCUGGGUGCCAUAUUUCUUCGUGAUCCAAGGGCUUUCAUUCAUAAUUGGAAAAUUAGCAUGGAUGGUUUUGCAACGUUUCUUGUAUCUUCCGGUGCAAUUCAUCUGCGAAACCUCUCAACAAAUUACCUUCAUGAACGUUGCCGAAAGACGUGGCAGAGUUGUGCAAAUGGCCAAUCUCAUAAUGGCCCGUAUCGAUGCUUACAAACUCAACUGGGUUGUAAUUUCCGCGCUUCUUGUAAGAUUGAUCUACUUGGCUAAUGUUCUGUUGCAAAUGAAUUUGCUUUUGAUGUUGAUGAGCGGAAUUCCGAAAACACUGCCGCUUAUUGAGGAUAUCUUCUAUUUUCUUACGGAUGUUGAAAUGACACAUUCCUGGACUCUUAACCGUGUGACCUAUUGCAACCUGCCAAUUGACAAAAAUGGCACAACCAUGACACUUCUCAACUGCUCGAUAUCUGGAAAUGUUCUGAUCAAUGGUGUGUUCAAGUUCAUCUUCAUCUGGCUUGUCCUUGUCGAAAUCGCUACUAUUAAUUAUCUGAUCCGCGUCGUGCGCAUUCGUAGCUACUCAAAUGUCAAGAGAUUUUUGAAGAUGCUAUAUCCAUACAUCAGAAAAAACGAGAUUGAGAAAUUCAAGGAUUACCUACGAAGAGACGGUCUUUUGCUUAUUGGAUAUGCCAACGAUCAGAGUCGUGCUGUUGCAUGCGAAUUGACCGCUGUUCUCUAUGAUAGAUUCGCCGAGAAUCAAGACGAAGUGAUUAUUUGGAAACAAUAUACAAGAAAUUAG